CUGCGUAAUGCAUCUGCUGGGAAGCUAGUGUGUACACCCAGCGUAUGAAUUCUGCUGAUUACGACAGCAUAUGGAUUCUGCUGAUUAUGACGACAUUAAAACGAUAAUUAAGAGAAUAACAAGGCAAUAUACUUCUGGAAAUAGAGGAAUCUGACACGAAUACAGAAGCCUGUUUUUCUUACCCGUGCACUACUAGAUGUAUAUUUUGGAUGUGCUGAGCGCGUGUUCUAUAUCUAGAGCGAUGUAUAUAAAUAGAACAGAAUUCUUGUUUUGUUAUUUACAAGUCAGUGAUUGUGUUCGUAACCAGGCAGCAUAGAAAUAUCACUGAUUGUACUUUUAUAAUACUUUUAACAUUCUAACGUUCUUGCUAUUCAUUUCACGCUAUUUAUUAUUACAUAGUAUAGCAUGGUUGAAUAAACUGUAAAGCAAAAUGUGUCCUUAAAGUAUUUUGAAUGCGCAGUUGAGUCAAUUGAUCGGAUACGUGUUGUUGAAAGAAUUCGAGUCAUUAUUUUAUUGAAUUGGAUGAAAUGAACCAGGAUAUUAUGCACGAAUAUCGCUCUCAUUUUCCCCAUUGUGAAUAAUGUUAUGAGUGUACAAAUUGAAAACAUAAUUGGAUGAGAUUUACAUAUUAUUGUAUCCAAGAUGGCCGCUGCUGAUAUCCUAAAGAUAUUAGGUAAAUAUGAUUUAUCCAAUAUUACCGAAGACGCCAGAAGUCAAUAUUAUGAUGAAGAAAGACAAUGGAGCAGAAACUGCACAGAUUUACCCGGACCCGUAACUCUGUGGUAUGAUGCCACAAAAAUACUGAUGUCCAAAAUAUGCAUACCAAACAUGCCACGAGACGACCACGAUGCUGUCUUUUUAGCUAAACAUAUGAUAGAAUUGGUAUUUGAUCAGAGUAGAGACGGUAAUUAUCAAGCUAUAGAAUAUGAAAAUCUGUAUGGUUUAUUCUAUGAUAUGUUGAUAAGAAUGGUAGAACUAGGACCAGGUAUUGGCCAUGCUGCUAUUUGGAGCGCCAUAUUUCAUAAUGGAGAUUUCAAAGAAUAUUAUAUGAAAUUACCCAAGGAGAAAAUAUGUAAGAUGUUAAAUAGUUUAAAGAAGGAGUAUUAUUAUAACGGAGAUAGUGAUGAUCCUGAGAGUAACUAUACAACUAGAGUACAGUCUGCUUUAGAAUAUGUAGUUGAUCGUGCUGUAAGUGAGGAAAUGAUGAAAUCAAACCAUGAGGAUUUCCUUGACUUAUUUAUGUUUUAUUUAACGAAUUUCCUGAAGUCGGAUGAACCAAUAUACAAUAUGACUCAUUCACUAGCCAUGAAAAUCUGGUAUAAAUUUGGAAGAACGCCUUUUAAGAGGAUCACAAAUCCUGAAAUAUAUCGUAAAUAUUUGAAACUUAUAUCUGACUGUUUACACGAUAAAGAUGUGCCUAAUGAUGAGAAGAGGGUCAAAGAAUUGGUUUCUAAUCUCAAAUAUAUACUCAAUGGUAUAGAAGAAGAAAAACUAUUUCCUGAUUUAUAUAUAGAUUUAGUUGACUUUGUUUUAACUAUGUGUAAUAAAACCACUGGUUUACCACCACAUGAGUUUAUAGAGAGUAUUGGUUAUCUAUGGUUCCAUACCAAGGAAGAUAUCGUCAAGAACAAAACUGUAAUCUUUGAUGGAAUGGCACCUAAAAUUGCAAAGUUAUUAGAGAAUCUGAGCGACUACAGUAUCUGUGAACUCCGUCUUAUAAAACCUGCCCUUUACAAUAUUCUUGGUCCUGCAAUGAAUAACUCUAAAGAACAUGCUGCGUUAUGGAUAAGAAUAGUUACUAGUGGUAUACACAUACAGGGAUGUGCUGAAGCUAUGUAUUAUGCUGUUAGAGAACAAGAAAAAUUCUUAAAAUGGAAGAAUUACCCUUCAGAAGCUAAAAACCUGUUUCAGUGUUUUUCUAAAGUAAAUAAGAUAACUUAUGAAGCGGAAAAAAAGAGAGAAUCAACAAUUGGAUAUUAUGAAAACUUCCUCAAAUAUUUCUUAGAACAAGUCAAAAAAGCUAAACUGAUACCGGAUCUGCUUGAAGAAUUACUUCACUAUUCCCUGAAAAUACUGGAAGAUAAAAAUGAAGAAUUUUACAGACUAGCAGAAGUGGCAGCAGAUUACUUCGAUGGCUUAGUGUUUAAAAAACAUCGAGAGAUAGCGAUGGAAGCUAUCCGUGGCGUCACUAAGCUAUUAAGAGAUGAAUCAGAAUGGAAUAUCAGAAGAUGCUGUGCUCUUCAAGAAUUAGCAUGCAAUGCCCUGGAGUCCAUAACUGAUUGUAAAAGUCUGACAUCCGAAGAUUUUGAUGUUUUGGUUGAUCUAUGUGAUGCUAGUUUAUCUGGUGAUUUUAUAAUACCCGAUGGGAACAUUCCAGGAACCGAAUAUUACAGAAUAUAUGUAGUUGCUGUAUUUAAAACAUUUAAACUGCUGUCAGAUUCCGGUGAUGUGAGUAAAGCUAAGAAUAUUCUAGCUAAAGUUCUAGAACUGAUUGGACAUGAUGAAGAUAGUGUUGCGGAUAUGGCUUCUACUCAGAUCUUUAUUGUUGGACAGGGUAAAGGUGGAGCUGACUGUCUAGCAGCACAUCUACCUCAAAUUAUAGAUCUUUACCUGGAUAAAGAGACUUAUAAUCUGUUAAGUGUAAUACAACAGGUUUAUCCACAAAACGAUACAGCCGUAGCAGAUCGUUUCCAGGAACUUUUCGCAUCCAUAGAAUCUGGUGACUCCGCCAUCAGAUCUUAUUGUUUACAACUCUUAACUAAAGUAGCUGGCCAUCAACCAAAGCUUUUUACCAAAGAAAACGUGGAUACAUUGAUGGAAGUUAUGUUUGAGGGUGAUCCUAAUGAACAGCUCUCCUAUAUAAUGGUCAUUGAUUUACUGGUCGAGAAAAAUACAAAAAUUAUUUACCACAUAUUAGAUGACUUAAUGAAUAAAGAAUACAGCGAAUAUACGUUUUACCAUUUACACUCCAUAUUACGUAAGAUAGCUGUUAAAAGCGAUGAGAAAACUGCUGAGCGUAUUGUGAACCGGUUUAUAAAAGUUUUAUCAGGUCCAGAACAUGAGACUAACACUAUGUUAUUAAUCAGUGAAUUGCGAGGAUUGGUAGCAACACAUAAGCCUCUUGUAAAUAAGCAUAAACAGUUAAUAGUAGACCUAAAAGAGAGGACAUCCAAUCAAAAUAUACGUGAUACAGCUUCUGGUCUGAUAGAUUUAUUAGAAGGCAGAAGUCUCGAGACAUUAGCUGUGGGUAUUGAUCAACAACAGGAUGAUAUAGAGAAUCUUGAUACACGUGUUACAACUAACGAGAUUACUAUCAACACUGUAACAGAGGAGGUGGGAAAACAGAAGGAAGAUAUUAUUGGUAUUAAAUAUGAGGUCAAUGAACAGGGACAAAGAAUAAACGUGCUGGGCGAGGUUGUUGAGGAAACGGUUCUAAAAGUGGAAGAAAUCGAUCAAAAGACGUUAAGUCACGCUCCAUACUGGUCUCGGGAUGUAUCCAAACUGAUGAAUCCUCAGGCGGAUUGUGAUUGGCGACUAUUGUCUAGUAGACUAGGGUAUAGCAAUGACGAUAUCCGCGCUUGGGCCCAGCAGUCUGAUCCGUGCAUGGCCAUGUUGAAUGAAUGGUAUGCUACCCAUAAAACAAGUGAAGCAUCAUAUGGUGUGUUGAUAGCUUUACAGGAAAUGGACAGAAUGGAUGCAGCUAUUAUAGUGGAGAAUGCUAUGAAGGCAGCCGAGCAAGUGGUGGAAGAGGAAGAGUUUGAAUAUGCCACGCCUCCACCGAUUUUCCUAAGUUACCAAUGGAGUCACCAAGAAGAGGUCAAGUUGUUACGGAAACAUCUAGAAAUGGCUGGCUAUGAAUGCUGGAUGGAUAUAGGACAGAUGGGAGGAGGUGAUAAACUCUUUGAAAAGAUAGAUACGGGUAUCAGAGCAGCCAAGGUCAUUAUCAGCUGUACGACAGAAAAAUACGCCAAGUCACCAAAUUGUAACAGAGAGGUGAAUUUAGCAGUGAAUUUGAGGAAACCCAUUAUACCACUGUUGUUAGAGAACUGUGCGUGGCCCCCACCUGGCUCUAUGGGGCCUAUAUUCAGUGAAUAUCUUUAUAUACAGUUUUUUCAAAGAGACACAAAAGAAGCUACACCCGACGACAGAUACUGGCCAAUACCAAAGUUCCAAGAACUGUUGAUGCAGCUGAGUAUGAAUGGAAUAGUUCCAGAUGAAUCUAAAGUCGAGAACAUGUAUAAAAAUUGGUGGAUGCCUUUAGUCGAAGAGAUAAAGAUUGAUAAAUCCAACACAGCGGGUGGUGGUAAAAAUAAAACACAACCACAAACAACUACAGGUGAUAAAAAGGACGAGAAGUCACCAGAAGUGUUUAUAUCGUAUCAGUGGGAUAAACAAAAAAACAUUAUGUUAUUGUAUAGACGUUUAACAGAACUAGGUUAUCAUUGUUGGAUGGAUAUUCAUCAGAUGGGUGGUGGGGAUUCUCUUUAUGAUAAAAUCGAUCGUGGUAUAAGAGGGUGUAGAGUUGUGUUAUCCUGCAUUACAGAAAAAUACGCCCUUUCAGCAAACUGUCGCAGAGAGGUCAGCUUAUGUGAUGCGUUGAAGCGACCAAUUAUACCUCUUCUGCUUGAAAACACGACGUGGCCACCAAGAGGACCAAUGAGCAUGGCUUUCACAGAACUUCUAUACAUUGAUUUUCAUUCGGAACCUGUAGUACAAGAGAAAUGGAGUGGUCCUAAAUUUGAGGAGAUGAGAGCAAAAAUAAGACAAAUUUUACCAGAUCCCGACCAGGUCGCUGUGGAUUAUGUUCCAGAAUCAAAACCAAAAAGUAAAUCGGAACCUAAAAGUGAAAUUAAACAGAAUGAAACAAAAGUUAUGCCAGAGAAAAAACAACCUGAACCCGAAGGCAAACCGACAAAACCAGCCGACGACACGCCUGCGAAGAAAACUAGUUAUGUUAAAAGUGCUACGCCCGGUACGAAAACUGUCCGCCCAAUCGAUAAUCUACAGCCGGUUGCUCAUCAAGCAGCAGCACCAGCUGACCAAUCAACACAAUAUCCCAAAGUAUCAAAAGAAUCAAGUCCAGACAAGAGUGGGUCAGAAUCGCCGUCCGUUUCACCAGCAUAUACGGGGUCACCACGCAAACCUAAACCAGUACGACCACUUAGUGGUUCUACCAAAAAGACAUCUAAACCUUGCAGUAUUUUAUAACUCUGAUUUCUUCUCAUAUUUUUGAAGACAAUGGUGAUGAGUUUUACCGCUUCAUUCACUUGACUAACACAAAACUCACAGGAAGUUGGCUUAUUCUAAUUACUAUUUCUCUUGAUAUCACAAAAAUCAACGACACCAUUUAGAAAAACAUAUUUUUAUAUUUUAAUUAUAAUUUCUUCAACAGAUGUCAAUAUUUUUCUAACGUACAAUUAUGUACAUGUAUAUAAGAUUAACAUUAAAUAUGUGUAUAUUUCGGAAUUCCGAAUAGUAACUUUUCCCAAAAAUAUGUCUAUACUUCCAGAUAAAUUUUAAAUGCCGGUUUAGUUUUAAACGUAUUAUCAGAAAAAAAAGGUCAAAAGAGUCGCUUUCCUUAUUGAUUUUACACUAAAUGUAAUUGUCGGGAUCAGGAAAAUGAACACCAGGGAUGUGAUGUCAUUAGCUGUGUCUAUAUAAAUAGCUGCCUUCAUAAACUGUAUUUCAAUUAGAAUUAUAUUUACCUUUCAAAUCAAUAUUCUCUUAUUUAUAUUUGUUGAUUUAAUAAAAAUAAAUUAUUUGUGUU